CGAAAGGACUUUCUUACUGGUUUAAUUAGUUCUUGUCAUUGUCCGGCGGAGGGGGAUUAAACUUACAGCGGCCGCAAAGUAGCAGCAAAGGCAGUGCGUUGGUUAGAUUUUCAGCAAGCGGUUGGCUGUGAGAAAAAGCUGAGGCUCUGUGAGAAGUUUGACCCGGUGCGCAAAAACACGCAUGUUUUCCUUGGUGUCCUGUUUGGCAUGCAUUUGUAAGCGCUGUGUGUCGCGUUUAAGUUGUCUGCUUUCGGUUCGUCCAGGAGGAGCCGAGAUUAGGAUCGACUCCUUUAGCCAUGUUAGCUGCAACAUGCAACAAAAUAGGGAGUCCGAGCCCUUCACCGUCGACCAUUUCGGAUAAUUCCUCGUCCUUUGGAAAAGGCUUCCACCCGUGGAAACGAGCCGCGGCGAGCAGCUGCAGCCUCGGAUCCGGCCUGUCCGGCUUCGGGGUGUCCCGCAACGGAUCCGGCAUCUCGGACUCUUUCGGCACCAACACCUCCACCGGAUCCAGUGCUUUUUCCCUCACGUCCGGUGCCUCGCCUGGUUCACACUUCGGAAACGAUUAUUCUGUUUUCCAAGCGUCGGUUUCCAGCAGCUCCCAAGAAUCCAGCCACCAGCCGGUUUUCAUCUCCAAGGUGCACACCUCAGUGGACAGUUUGCAGGGCAUCUAUCCGAGGAUGAGUGUUGCGCAUCCCUAUGAGUCCUGGUUCAAAUCGUCUCAUCCCGGUAUCCCCACAGGAGAGGUUGGAACCACCGGAGCCUCUGCGUGGUGGGAUGUGGGAGCGGGAUGGAUUGAUGUUCAAAACCCUAAUGGAGCAGCACUACAAACGUCCUUACAUUCCGGUGGACUCCAGACCUCCUUGCACUCUCCACUGGGCGGAUAUAAUUCUGAUUACUCGAGUUUAAGUCACUCUGCUUUCAGUACAAGUCCCUCUCCACACCUGUUGACAACCGGCCAGCACCUGAUGGACGGUUUCAAGCCGGUGUUAUCCUCUUAUCCGGACACAAGCCCCUCUCCAUUGGCCGGGGCAGGGGGCACUAUGCUCUCCGGGGGUCCACCUGCAUCUUUAGCGGGGUCUCCGAGGUCAUCUGCCCGGCGGUACUCGGGCAGAGCCACCUGCGACUGUCCAAACUGCCAGGAGGCGGAGAGACUGGGACCGGCGGGCGCCAGCCUCCGGAGAAAGGGUCUCCACAGCUGUCACAUCCCCGGCUGUGGAAAGGUUUACGGGAAAACUUCGCACCUCAAGGCGCAUUUGAGGUGGCACACCGGCGAGAGGCCGUUUGUGUGCAACUGGCUCUUUUGCGGGAAGAGGUUCACGCGCUCCGACGAGCUCCAGCGACAUUUACGCACACACACCGGCGAGAAAAGAUUCGCCUGUCCGGUGUGCAACAAGAGAUUUAUGCGUAGCGAUCACCUGAGUAAACAUGUAAAAACUCACAGCGCCGGAGGAUCCGCCGGCUCUGGCUCCGGGGGCAGCGGAGGGAAGAGGGGGAGUGAUACCGACAGCGAGCACAGCGCGCCGGGAAGCCCUCCGUGCCAUUCCCCCGACCUGUUGCACCAAUCCGAGUCAAACCAGGGAGUAGGCAUGAACGGCCUCUAAAACUCCCCUCAGUGAAGUAAAAAAAACUGUAAAACAACAAAGUGUUGUGACGGAAUUGUCCGAGAGGACACGGGAGUGGACAUACUCUGGUGUAUGCGCAAUGCUUCAUAAUGAGUGUCGUCAUUUAAUGAGAAAAUAGGCCUAUACGUUUCUUUGACUUUUUCCAAGUGUUUAAGACUACUAAUUACAUAAUUUCAUAGCUGUACCAUCAGAAACUUCUCAUUAAUACAUCCGCGGUGUGAAAGUGUAAUCAAGUCAUUGUGGGCACACUGGAACAGGGCACAACAAACUUUUGAUUUGCAUCUGAUCCUGAAUUCUUCUUUGAUGUUUUAUUUCCCAGGACAGGGGACGCAAAAGAUAUACAAACACUGCUGUGAACAUUUUUAGGCCUGCAAAGUUGUGCUACUGCUGUCAUACAUAUUGUUUCAAAACCAAACUCUGGCACUUUAUUAUCGAGCAGGAGAAAUUGUUCCUGUGUGUCCCCUGUGGACGGACUGCUCGGUAGAAACAAAUACCUGUAGAGUUAUGGUCAGAUACAGGAUGGGUUUGUUUUCUCUGCCUGAUCCCAUCGAGCGUUUGAUAAUGGAGAAGCAGUUGUAGGUUUAUAUCACAUAUUGCUAUUCACUCCACAGCCUACAGUAUGUGCGUCAAGCCAAGUUUGUAAGUAGGCCAGUGGAGGUUACUUACACUUCGCUGCAAAAUGUGUUGUAUAUAAUGAGAAAUGUAGGUUAGAAUAAUUACAGCCCGAUGUAAAGGUGAGUAAUGUAUUUGUCCAGGAGACGAUUUUGUAUAGGUAUUUCUAGUUGUAUAUGGACUCUAGUAAAUAUUUGAAAAUAUACGGAAAAUGUACUUGGAUUUUUCUUUGACAUGAUAUGAAAUGUAUUGUGGGGAGUUAUAUUUAACCACGACUUUUCUUGUAUUUAGGGGUCUAUCAUUAGGCGCACUUUGAAUUUAUUUGUUAAGGUUUUGAAAUCAUUUACUGUUUACCCACUCAUUUAAUUUAAGUAAGCAUGUUGUAAAGUGAUUUUAAUUUUACAAUGGUAUUUUUUCCCCCUCUCCGAGAAUGGCUUUUUAUGUGAGCCACUCAAUAAAGUCAGUAUGAAUUCAGA